GAUGACGACCCACAGCUCUCCUGGGUGGCUUCAUCUCCCUCCAGCAAAGAUGUUGCGUCACCUACUCAGAUGAUAGGAGAUGGGUGUGACCUCGGCAUCGGAGAGGAGGAAGGGGGGACUGGCCUGCCCUACCCGUGUCAGUUCUGUGACAAGUCCUUCAUCCGCCUGAGCUAUCUUAAGAGGCACGAGCAGAUCCACAGCGACAAGCUCCCCUUCAAGUGUACCUACUGCAGCCGGCUCUUCAAGCAUAAGAGGAGCCGGGACCGGCACAUCAAACUCCACACGGGCGACAAGAAAUAUCACUGCCACGAGUGCGAGGCGGCCUUCUCCCGCAGCGACCACCUCAAGAUCCACCUCAAGACCCACAGCUCGAGCAAGCCCUUCAAGUGCACGGUCUGCAAGCGGGGCUUCUCCUCCACCAGCUCCCUGCAGAGCCACAUGCAGGCCCAUAAGAAGAACAAGGAGCACAUCGCCAAGUCAGAGAAAGAGACCAAGAAGGACGACUUCAUGUGUGACUACUGCGAGGACACCUUCAGCCAGACCGAGGAGCUGGAGAAGCACGUCCUCACCCGCCACCCCCAGCUCUCGGAGAAGGCUGACCUGCAGUGCAUCCACUGCCCGGAGGUCUUUGUGGAUGAGAACUCGCUGCUUGCCCAUAUCCACCAAGCCCACGCCAACAAGAAACACAAGUGCCCCAUGUGCCCAGAGCAGUUUUCCUCAGUGGAGGAGGUCUAUUGCCACCUGGACAGCCACCGGCAGCCAGAUUCCAGCAACCACAGCAUCAGCCCUGACCCCGUGCUGGGGAGUGUGGCGUCCAUGAGCAGUGCCACCCCUGACUCGAGCGCCUCUGUGGAGCGAGGCUCCACUCCAGAUUCCACCUUGAAGCCUUUAAGGGGCCAGAAAAAGAUCCGGGCUGUGGACCGGGAGGAGGGACAGAGCUGGUCCAAGGUCACCUAUAGCUGCCCCUACUGCUCCAAGAGAGACUUUAACAGCCUUGCUGUCCUGGAGAUUCACCUGAAGACGAUCCAUGUAGACAAGCCCCAGCAGAGCCACACGUGCCAGGUCUGCCUGGACUCUAUGCCCACGCUGUACAACCUGAACGAGCACGUGCGGAAGGUCCACAAAAACCAUGCCUACCCCAUGAUGCAGUUUAGUAACAUCUCCGCCUUCCACUGCAACUACUGCCCUGAGAUGUUUGCUGACAUCAACAGCCUCCAGGAGCACAUCCGGGUCACCCACUGUGGCCCCAAUGCCAACCCUGCAGAUGGCAACAAUGCCUUCUUCUGCAACCAGUGCUCCAUGGGCUUCCUCACUGAGUCCUCCCUCACAGAACACAUCCAGCAGACCCACUGCAACGUGGGGAACUCAAAACUGGAAUCCCCUGUUGUACAGCCAACACAGUCGUUUAUGGAAGUUUACUCCUGCCCGUAUUGCACAAACUCCCCCAUUUUUGGCUCCAUCCUAAAGCUUACAAAGCAUAUUAAAGAAAACCACAAGAAUAUUCCAUUGGCACACAAUAAAAAGUCUAAGGCAGAGCAGAGCCCAGUUUCUUCUGAUGUGGAAGUCUCAUCCCCUAAAAGGCAGCGACUCUCUGCUAGCAUCAACUCCGUUUCCAAUGGUGAAUACCCAUGUAAUCAGUGUGAUCUCAAGUUCUCCAACUUUGAAAGUUUCCAAACCCACUUAAAAUUGCAUCUGGAGCUGCUUUUAAGGAAACAGUCGUGCCCUCAGUGUAAGGAAGACUUUGACUCCCAGGACUCACUCCUGCAGCACCUCACGGUCCACUACAUGACGACCUCGACCCAUUACGUGUGCGAGAGCUGCGACAAGCAGUUCUCGUCCGUGGACGAUUUGCAGAAGCAUUUGCUGGACAUGCACACCUUCGUGCUGUAUCACUGCACUCUCUGCCAAGAAGUCUUUGAUUCCAAGGUCUCCAUCCAAGUGCAUCUGGCAGUGAAGCACAGCAACGAGAAAAAGAUGUAUCGCUGCACGGCCUGCAACUGGGACUUCCGGAAGGAGGUGGACCUGCAGAUCCAUGUCAAGCACAGCCACCUGGGCAAUCCCACCAAGUCGCACAAGUGCAUCUUCUGCGGGGAGACCUUUAGCACCGAGGUGGAGCUCCAGUGCCACAUCACCACCCACAGCAAGAAGUAUAAUUGUAAGUUUUGCAGCAAGGCCUUCCAUGCCAUCAUCCUUCUAGAGAAGCACCUUCGGGAGAAGCACUGCGUCUUUGAUGCAGCGGCCGAGAAUGGCACGGCCAAUGGCAUGCCGCCGGCCGGCAAGAAGGCAGAGCCAGCGGAUAUCCAGAACAUGCUGAUGAAGAACCCUGAAGCCCCUAACAGCCACGAGGCCAGUGAAGAUGACGUGGAUGCAUCAGAACCCAUGUACGGCUGUGACAUUUGUGGGGCGGCCUACACCAUGGAAGUUCUGCUGCAGAACCAUCGCCUGAGGGACCACAACAUCCGACCUGGUGAGGACGACUGCUCCCGGAAGAAGGCGGAGUUCAUCAAAGGCAGCCACAAAUGCAAUGUCUGCUCACGGACCUUCUUCUCGGAGAAUGGACUGCGGGAGCACAUGCAGACCCACCGGGGUCCCGCCAAGCAUUAUAUGUGCCCAAUCUGUGGGGAGAGGUUCCCAUCGCUGUUAACGCUCACGGAGCACAAGGUGACACACAGCAAAAGCUUGGACACGGGUACCUGCCGCAUCUGCAAGAUGCCCCUUCAGAGCGAGGAGGAGUUCAUCGAACACUGCCAGAUGCACCCUGACUUGCGCAACUCCCUCACCGGCUUCCGCUGUGUAGUCUGCAUGCAGACGGUCACUUCUACCCUAGAGCUUAAGAUCCAUGGCACCUUCCACAUGCAGAAGCUGGCGGGCAACUCGGCUGCCUCCUCCCCCAACGGCCAGUCCCUGCAGAAGCUCUACAAAUGUGCGCUUUGCCUCAAAGAGUUUCGAAACAAGCAGGACCUGGUAAAAUUGGAUGUCAAUGGCUUGCCCUACGGCCUGUGUGCCGGCUGCAUGACCCGCAGCACCAAUGGACAGGCAUCUGGCUUGACCCCACCAGAGGCUAGUGAGCGGCCGUGCGGGAGCCUCCGGUGUCCGGAGUGUAGUGUGAAGUUUGAGAGUGCGGAGGACCUGGAGAGCCAUAUACAGAUGGAUCACAGGGACCUGACACCUGAGACGAGUGGGCAGAGGAAAGGUGCCCAGACAUCUCCUGUCCCCAGAAAAAAGACAUAUCAGUGCAUCAAGUGCCAGAUGACCUUCGAAAAUGAAAGAGAAAUUCAAAUCCACGUCGCCAACCAUAUGAUUGAGGAAGGCAUCAAUCACGAAUGCAAGCUGUGUAACCAGAUGUUUGACUCUCCGGCCAAGCUUCUCUGUCACCUGAUCGAGCACAGCUUCGAGGGAAUGGGAGGCACGUUCAAAUGCCCUGUUUGCUUUACAGUUUUUGUCCAGGCUAACAAGCUACAACAACACAUCUUUGCGGUGCACGGGCAGGAAGACAAGAUCUACGACUGCUCACAGUGUCCACAGAAGUUCUUCUUUCAGACAGAACUCCAGAACCACACGUUGAGCCAGCACGCGCAGUAAGCUUCUGGCACUACAGGACUCCUCUCUGCAGAAGACUUGACGGAGACACAGUGGGGAGGGCCAUUUGAGCAUUACAUCCAAUCAAAGUGUCAUUUGCAACCCAGAUGUAAAACUCUAAUGAUUUGGCCAUGAGGCGCUGCUAUUAUAAGCAGCUGGAAAUGAAUAUUAAUGGAAGAGAUUAAAAGUAUUCCAUGCUCAGUAUUUUUUAUUGUCCCGCUUUAGCUAGUAUACUUUGAGAGCUUCCGCGGCAGACUACGUUUCUAGCGUUAGAGAGAUCGCUUUUUGGUGCUGUUGUCCUUCGUUGCUUACUGUAUUAUAUUGAUAGUUUCCCCCCCCACCCCUAAAAAAAAUGAAAAAAGGUUAGGUGUGAUUUUUUUUCUGUUUUUUUUUCUUUUCUUUCUUUCUUUCUUUUCUUUUUUUUUUUGUUGCUUUGUUAAACUCCUUUUAAAUUGCAAUCCUAGGUAAUUGUGCAUUGUGAUGUGAUUGCUUGGCUAUCGUCUGAAUAUUCCUUUUUAAUUUUUUAAUUAAAGACUAAUGCUUUGAUUGGAUUUGCCAGUUCACCGGACAGUGAUUAAAACUAUGUAAUGAAUAUAAUCGGUUUCAGUGCAACUGGAUGGUCUGCUUUUUAAAUGUGACUUAAUCUGAUUGCAAUAACUAGUACAGUUCAAUAAAGGGAAUACAUGCAAUUA